UAAUGUAAUAAAUAUCAGAAAUUGUACGUUUUGUAAUUCAUUUAUUUUAUUUAUAAAAAUUAACUGAUAAAAAUUAUAUUGAUAAAAGUACACAAACUGAAACAAAAACUUUUAUAAUCUUUUACUUACAAUCGCAAGAAUGGAAACUCAGCAUAUAGGCUUGUAAGCAAUUUUACGAAGAACCCCAUUAAAUCCCUCAUAAACUAGUUUGGUAAGGCGAAACCAUAAAAUCAUGUAAAUAUAACAUAGCAAAUGAAAAUUUUGAGUGUUUGUAAGAAUUUAAAACGACUAUUACACACGUCGUCCUGAAUUAAUGUUGGGUUCGGUGUUGUUACUGUUAUCACUUAUCAGUAAUGUUAAUCACUUUUCCCUAGAACAAUUUUUCCAAAAAUAAUAUUGCUUAAUGAUUCAAUGUCAAAAUCAUUAAAUACCUACUUAACACUUUAACAAUAAUUUCAUUUAGUAAAAAAAAUAUACAAGGUUUAGUAAAGAGACUAUAAUGUUUAUAGGCCAGCCGUAGAAACUGCAUAAUAAAUAAUAAUAAACCACAAAAGUAUUGUAGUCUUAUCAUUAAUUGCGCUUUUGGGAUUUUAGUGUUUGUUUUUGAGUAAUACAUCUAAAAUUAAUAAUCUUUGUUGGCAGUGAUAAAGCACGCUAUAUACCUACUGUAUAAGCAACACGUCUGCAAGUAAAUUUCAGUCACAAAAUAUUUUUUUAUAAAUUUUUCUACGAUUAUGACUAACGUCUAAAUGAUUGAUUAAGAGAUAGUAUACCUGAACAUCCAACCUGUAAUUCACAUUAUUAUUUUUUAUUUGUUGAUAAGAUAAAAGAUAUGUGAACAGCAAUGCUGGGUGGUGUAAUCUAAUUUCAAGUAAAAAUGGAUUCUAAAAAUGCAGUUCCUGUUAUAGGAUGGCAGUAUUUGUGGACUUAUGCCGGAGGACUUAACAUAAUAGAAGAGCUUCUGGAUAUAACAAUAAUAAUUUUUAUGGCUUUUUCCGGAUAUUCAAUAAAAGCCAACAUCUUCACUUUUGUGGUGGCUUUGGCAUCGAUUUAUACAAUAAUUUUCACAGCUUUGCAUAUACGAGGUGUUAUACGGAGGUCCAGAUUACCAUGGUAUUGGAUCGAAUGUAUAGCGGUUUUAAUUAUUGCUGUGGCUAUAGUUGGUGUUUCGUCUCUCGUUAUGAUGGAUUUCACAAGAGGAUAUGUCAUAACAGGGAUUAUGGGCUAUGUUACCGCAGGAGUCUAUUUUAUCGACACGUUUGAAAGAUACAAAGUUGCUAUUACACCAGCCCCAAAAUAUGCAUGGACAGUACCAAACAUGCCAGAUUUGGAGUAAAAAAGUACAUUCCAUUAAAACGAAUAACAAGAGACAGUUUAUCUAUUUUUAGGGCCAACUUGGUAACUUUAUCUAAUCUAAGUGUUUAUAAUAUAAUAUUUUAAUAAUGUUGAAUACAGUUUUACACAUUAACUUUUCACUGUAUUUUUAGAAAAACUGUAUAAAAUUUUAUUAGUCUUGUA